AGUGCUCGUGAAGAACACACGAAGCCGUUUAGGUAUGGCUGGUUGUGCUAAAUAAAUCGUAUUCGUGCUACCUACCAAGCUGGUUUGGUCAGGUACGGUAACUAGCUCGCUACUGCUACUUUAUUACGUAGACUGCUGCUAUAGCCAGCACAGCUGUAGCUAUUGGUAAUAUGCAGUUCAGCAGCAAAUUUGAAAACUUUGUAAACCCGUACAUUUACUUCAGACAGCUACGUCAACUGGAUAAGAGUUGACAUUUAUUUUUUUAAAUGAGAUAUGAUAAAGACGCUUUUGCUGUACGCUUAUAUUGACGAUUUCAUAGAAGCGCGAGUUAAUAGACGCAGUAUCGCAGCACUGAAGCUAUGAAAAUAGAUAUACCGUACAGCCCGGUCGGCGAGGGCCAGAGCAGUAGUAAUGAAUUCUGGAUGUAUGUGUGGACGCGGAGGCUCGCAACGAUCACUGCUCACGUCGUCGCCUUGGGGUUUACCAUUUUAAUAUCGCUGCUGUCACGACCUGGAACAAGUUUCUUCUCCUGGCACCCCGUGUGUAUGUCCAUUUCUUUCUGCCUGUGUAUGACAGAGGGGAUUCUGCUAUUUUCAGCGGAGAGUUCCCCAUUUUGUUUCAAGUCUCGGAAGGGGAGGGUGCGGCUGCACUGGUUCCUGCAGGCCCUGGUGGUUGUGGGCGGGGCCAUUGGCGUGGGCUUCAUGGUGGCCAGUAAGAGGGUGUCGGAGCGCCCCCACCUGGCCAGCUGGCACAGCGUCCUGGGGGUGGGCACGCUGGUCGUCACGGCGCUGCAGACCGCGUGCGGACUGCGCCUGCUCUUCCCCAACAUGCCGCUGCCCGCCCCCUCCCCACCCCGGCUCCGGCUCUACCACACCACCUGCGGCCUGGUGGCCUACCUGCUGGCCGUCGCCACGGUGAUGCUGGCCAUGUUCACUGACUGGUUCCAGGCAACGGUGAGGGGCCUGCUCUGGUACCCCGUGUCCCUGCUUCCCCUCCUCCCGGCCCUGGUGGUGAUGAACCAGAUCAUCAGGGCCUACCUGCCAAAGAAGAAGAUUGCUAUCUGAAAGAACCACACCACCAGGGUCUAUCUGCCAAAGAAGAAGAUGUCUAUCUGAAAGAACCAGACCACCAGGGCCUACCUACCCAAGAAGAAGAUUUCUAUCUGAAAGAACCAGACCACCAGGGCCUACCUGCCCAAGAAGAAGAUGGCUAUCUGAAAGAACCAGACCACCAGGGCCUACCUGCCCAAGAAGAAGACAGCUCACUGUCUGAAAGGCAGGUCUCGCCGGUCCUCGCACGGCUUGGUCCAGGAGGCUUUUGUCUCCAUUGUGAGGUUGGCUGGCAUUCGGUCCCCGUUUCUGUAGACAGGUUUGAGAGACUGAAAGAAUGAUGCUUGUCAGACUGCGCAUGAGAAACAGAAGUGCGAUUUUUCCUGAUAAAUCAGGAAGUUCUCAUUUUUCGACCCUCAAUGACUCUGUGGGCCACUAGUUUUUAGCCUUAUUGCCGAACAUUCUCUCCCACUGUCAGCUGUCAGAGUGUGGAAGCUUGUGUGUUCAUACUCACAAUGUACCAAAGUCCUGACUCACGUAAGGCUUGAAAGUCUGUAAUUCCUCAUAAAUCAGGGAAAUUUAGAAAAUCACAUAUAUUUUGUGCAAAGCACUGUGCAAGACAUAUUGGAUGUAAAACUACCCACCUCUGAGAUCUAUGAAGUCAUCAACUUUAAAUGAUACAUACCUGUGUAGCCAAAUUUUCACCGGCAUCGUUUCUUUACUUUUUCCCCCUGAAAAACCGGAACUUUCCAAACUAAAGAAACAGGGAUUGUUUCCUGAAAGAUACAGGUAACCUGUUGCUUGUUCCAUUGCUUUGUUUGCUCUUCUGAGGAUGGCUGUAGUUUUAAAAGCUGUGCAAUGUUGUGAUUUCACACCUCCUCCACACCCAGUUGUAGUGAGUGCUGUGUUUGUCCCUUAUCCACAUGAGGAAGCACAGUGUUUGCUCAGCACUCUUGUAACAGGAAUUACAGCUUAAUUGUCCUUUUGGCAGUAUAGUUCACCAGAUUAACCAGUCAGUAAAUACAGUACAAGUCACACAAGAUGUAGUUAAAGACCUUGUACAAUACAUUUCUUCCUUGCACUUGAAGUGUUAAUGAAGCCACAAGAUGAAGAUGUGUACUUACUUCAAAUUUAUAAGCAGUAAAAUAACAGUUUCCUUUUGCUGUAGAUGUAUGUCAUGACCAUACAUGAGGGCUGGGGGUCUGACAUAUGAUACGAUGCGAUAAUACUUUGUCUAAUUACUCAGAAAUUUGUCUUGCGUCGUCGUGCCAACAGCUCCAUAUACUGACAAAAGACAAGCACAGUACUACAAAAGACAUUAAAAAGAAUACAACUGAAUACAAUUAAAUAUUUUAAAAAAAAUUCUCCUAUGUACCCCUGACGCAGUGUGACUGUUUGCCAUGAAUAAUAACGUAAGGUUUACUUAUUGACCAGUAGCUACGGGGUUGCAGCACUUCUUGGCUGAAAUGUAAAGCUCCAUGUUACUUGUGAGGCGACAUAGCUCAGGAGGUAAGAGCGGUUGUCUGGCAGUCGGAGGGUUGCUGGUUCGAUCCCCGCUCUGGGCGUGUCGAAGUGUCCCUGAGCAAGACACCUAACCCCUAACGGCUCUGGUGAAUGAGAGGCAUCAAUUGUAAAGCGCUUUGGAUAAAAGCGCUAUAUAAAUGCAGUCCAUUUACCAUUUACUUACUCGGGGUGUAAACCUCAGGCUUGACCACAGCAGGAUAGGAUACGAUUUCGAUUCUUCAGGCAAAGGCUCAGUAUUUGGUAAUAUCACAGAUUUUGGUACGAUACAAUCCAAAAUGAUCUGACAUAGUAAGAGACAAUCAAUAUCCUGCUAACAAUCCUGUUACAACGUAUGCAUACAACCAAAAAAAGCUUGAGGGUGCAAAAACUUACUGAUGUCACGUUUAACAGAAGGAAAAACGUGACUAGCCAGAGUGAUGAGGUUGAGUCAGAAAUGUAAACAGUGAUGUUGGCAGUGUUGCUUGAGAGAAAACUGCAGUAAGAUUGCACAUUUAAAUAUUUUGUUAUGAUCGAUAUCGGCAGUGUAGUAUAAAGGGUACGGAGCUGGCCUUGCAACCUAAAGGUCACACGUUUGAUUCCCAGGUAGGGCACUGCUGUUGUACCUUUGAGCAAGGUACUUAACCUGCAUUGCUUCAGUAUAUAUCCAGCUGUAUAAAUGGAUGCAAUGUAAAAUAUAUAUUAAAAAAAGUUAUAUAAGUCACUCUGAAUAAGAGCGUCUGCUAAAUGCCUGUAAUAAUAUGGAUCUUUUUUUGAAUGUUGCAUGUUUGAAUUGCUGCCCUUUGAACCGAUAGCCUAAACUAAUCCAGAUUAAUGCAUCUUUACACCCAAUGAACAGUGGUUACACCCCUAUUGCUUAUGCAAGAAAGGUGCUAUCAAAAUGGCCAAUACCAAAGCCUUCUAUGUUGGACAGUACAAUAGCUGUUGCAUUCAACAUAAAAAAUAACUUUUAAAAUCUCAACUGAAUAAAACUGGCUGUUGCAUUUAUUAGCUUUCACUUUUUAUGUGCAUUGUAAUCAGUAAAAAAAUAUGAUUUUGAUUGCACAGGGUCUUUAAACAAAUGUAGGUUUUACUGACAAAAUGAGCAAAAGCGAGUCUUCUCUGUGUUUUAGUGUUUGUUGAUGUGUGAAUCUGGGGGAUGCCUUAAUGUUCUCCAUUCUGAACCUGCUCUGUUAGUUGAUGCACAGUUUCUCAGAGACAGAGGUGCUUAAAUUUGGCUCCUUUUAAAAUGGGGAAAUGUUAUUCAGGGUUAGAGGUUUGGAGUUACUUCACCAGGGAAACCACACUCUGGUUGUUUAUAAUCAUGUGAUUUAUUCUCUCGGGCUGCUAGUGUAGUAUUCUCAUGUGUGGAUUCUGUGAACAUAAGUCCUGAUAAUGUGCAAUGAAAGUGCUUACAGGUGAUCUUAUAAACACGUAGUUCGCGCCAUUUUUAUGUUCUCUUCCUGCACAAGUGGCAUUAAAGUUAUAACAGUGGGAGUUUCCUCAGGGCCAUGGUGAUGUAAUGGCUUACUAGGUCUCAAUAGUGGAAUGUUCUUAAUAAAUACAAUUUAAUACUACUUUAA